AUGGACACACCCCACUUCCUGGCCAACAGCCCGGUUAGCAAUAUGUGUUCGCACAGCCGAUGCCAAAUCAACCGACAAAUCCGAGACAUCUGGGAUCAGAACCGAUGUUCUGCGUUUGCCCUCACUGUAAAAAAGAGGGAAUGUCUUCUACUCAAAAAGAUACAGGUCUUGGAAACCAUCUUGGUGCUCUCGGAUGCAUCAUCGUCGGAUGUGUCCUCGGCUGCUGCUUCAUUCCUUACUGCAUCGACGAUCUGA